GCGGGGGGAGCGGACGGCGCGGGGCGCACGGUGUGGCGCAGCGGCGCGCACACGGUGGUGCUGGGCGCGCGCGAGGAGCUGGCGCGGCCGAGCGCGGUGGCGCUGGCGCCGCCCGAGCCCGCGCCCGGCCUCAUCCUGCCCGACGGCUCCAUCAACUGGGGCUGCCCCUGCCUCGGUGGCAUGGCCACCGGCCCCUGCGGCCCGCAGUUCCGCGACGCCUUCUCCUGCUUCCACUACAGUGAGGCGGAACCGAAGGGCAGCGACUGCUACGAAAAGUUCAGCGUGAUGCAGGAAUGCAUGUCGCAGUUCCCCGAGCUGUACGGCAAGGACGACGACGACGACGAGCUCGCCGCCGCCAUGGAGCAGGCCGGCGACGGGGCCCCCCCUCCCGCCGCGCCCACUGACACCGCCGCCCCCGCCUAGUUCUAAUAGCUGUAGUCAUAUUAUGUAGCCAAAUAAAACAAUUAUAUCUACAUAUUA